CAAUGACAUCACUUUUCCUCCAACCCAAACAGAGAUCCGCUGCAGGGAGGCGAGGAGCCGCAGAAAUGAGCCUCUCAUAGAUGUUUGAGGCGGAAAAGCUCCCAGAUUGUGCUCUCUAACCACCAUGGCACGACUGCUGCAGCUCCACACCAAAUGAGCUCCGUGGUUUCAUCGCUGGGAGUCAGAGGAGCCUCUUCAAGGAUCAAUACGAGAGCUGAACCCACAGAUGAGAACAAUGUCUGAUGAGACAGAACAGAGAAUGUGUGACGAGGAGUUCGGCUCGGACGAGGAGGGCGAGGAGGCCGACGUGGAGUCGUACCUGGAGGACAACAGCAGCGAGCUGAUGGACCGACUCCGAGAGCUGGAGGCAGAGAAUUCGGCUCUGAUGUUGGCUAAUGAGAGUCAGAGGGAAGCUUAUGAGAGAUGCUUGGAUGAGGUGGCGAACCACGUGGUCCAAGCUCUGCUCAAUCAGAAGGAUCUGAGGGAGGAGUGCAUCAAGCUGAAGAUGUUGGUGUUCGACCUGGAGAGACAGAACCGGGCACUUUGUGAGCUUUUUCAGCAGAAGCUGCCGAACCAUCCGACCGCUCAUUACCAGGUCCAGGCGGGACCCCUCCCAGAAUACAAUGCACAGCUGCACAAUGACUCGGCCAAACAGGUGGAGCCUGCACAGACCGAAGCACAAGCCAAGGGAAAUGGCUACCGCACACAGCACGCCUCCCCGGGCCCUCGAGGCCCCGCCACCUCCAUGGAGGCCCUGUCCCCCUUCUUCAAGAAGAAAGCACACAUCCUAGAGGUCCUACGGAAGAUGGAGGAGACAGACCCCCUCAAGUUCCACCCGUCCACCACGAGCUUGUCUUUCUGCGACUACAGCCAGGUGCUCAUGUCCACGGAGGCCGUUCUGGCCACCGCCGACCCCCUACCGCUACAGUGCAAAUCCCACCACACACACUGUCACUGCUCCUGCUCGGACGCCGACACACACCAGCACGUGAACGGCGACGGGGCGGUGAAGUGUGAAGGAGGGAACGCCUGCUGUUUACACUGCAAGAGGAGCCCGGACAGCCCUCCAAAGCCAUGCAACCACGUCUGUAGUCCCUCGAAAGCCACCCAGAGCCACGUAGGUCCUGCAGCUGCUAUGAGCGAAUGUCACAGUAAGACCAGAACAGGAGAGUCUGUAGCCCCGUCCAAACAAUGCACCAAGAAUGAAGCCCACCAGCAACCAGCAGGCGCCGCCGCCCACUCAUCAGUCACAGAAGCUGAGGUGAUGGCAGCCGAGCAGGACACCUCUGAGAGCAGUCUGAACGCUACUGCCUCCGAGGAGCUCUCUGGUUUCUGUGCCAGUUCUGUUAGGGAGAACCAACCGAUCCUCCACUGUGACACGGAUUCAGGCAACGGUGCCCAUAAUGGCCUCUCUGCUCCGAACGACCCGUCAGCUGUCCCCGAGAAAGACGGCAUCGACCAGGAGGCUUCAUCUGUGAGAGCCGGCGCCUCCGUCAGCCCCAGCCCCUCCUGUCUCAGUGAUGUCAAAGCUGCCGCCAUCAACUCGCCAUCCAAGCUGCUCAAGUUCCUGAAGAUUCCCUCGAUAGGCGAGAAGUCCCAGGCUUCGACCUCCGCUGUCCGUCUGAGCCCCCAGCUUACCCGCAACUCCAGGAUCCCCUGUCGCACCAACAACUAUGAGGUCUACCACUCUCCUGUUCCCACCCGCCGAGCCACCACCACCGAGCGGUGCCGGCAGCCUCCACCUCCACCCUCCAGGUCCGAGUCCUACCCGGCCACUCACUCUGCACCGACCUCCCCUCCACAGCCUGAAGAUGCCUGCUUGCCGCCCGCUAAGGAAAUAAGCUACAGCAGCCUCUCCGCGCCCAAAGCCAGCGCCGGUUCCAAGGUUGGGGCAUCCACGUCCUCGCCCAAAGUUUCUCAGAGGAUCCCUCAUUAUGAAAAUGUCUGUGAUAUGUCUACGGCCUCCAGAGAGGAGGAACCAACCCAGAGUCACGAGAAAAGAACCACUCUUCCAUCUCAAACAAAGGCAAACGGCGGCGAGAGGAAGCUUGUUAAGUCACUACAAGAAAGCGUCCUUCAUCCGCCUCCUCAACGGAAGCAGUCGUCCUCGUCGACGUCAGAGUCCACGUCAGACGAUGAGGAGGAUUCAGACAGUCCGAUGUGGGUCAAUCACCACAGUCUGCCCAACUCCUCCGCCCUCGGCAAAGCUCAGAGUAGAACUAACUACUCACGAACCAGAGAGAAGGAGGCGGACAUGCCGAGCUCUGAGGUCGCCCAGCCUCCUCCACCUCCAACCAGGAGGACCGACUCCUCAUCCAUCCCCAAAAGGCCCAUGGCUGGGGCUGCAGCGGCGAGAUCCCAGGCCGACUCCAGUCACCACGCUUUCAAAGACAGACUGGCAGCGCUGGGAAAGCUGAGGAGCUCUGAGGAUUUACAGGUUGGACUGAGGCCAGUCGACACCGUGAAUGAAGGCACCUAUGAAGAAGGAAGAAGCAAGACAGCGGAGAGGCCCAUGGAGGUCCACAAAGAGGAACAGAGACAUUCAAAAUACACAGACUCUUUGGAUGGUAAACCUAAAAGUAGCGGUGUUGGUUUGAAGUAUCAAGCAUCGUCUCAGGUUUAUGAACAGGCAGCAAAAUCUUCUGUGGUCAAACAAGAACUGUGUGUGACCAAACCAGAAGGAUCCAAGAGCAAAAUAGGUUUGCCUUCCCCCAAUGCAGACGCUCCACAGGUACUACGCAACAACAUCAAGUGUCCUGGAUCCCUGAAUCUGGGCUAUAACAUCAAAGCCGGCGUCGGUCCUCACAGCAGCAGCAGCCCCAACAAAAUCCCCCCGAAGUCGCCGUCCAAACCCUGCCAAGGUCCGUCCGUCCACAGAGGGGGGAAGCCCUCAGAGACCCCUCGUUACUCAUCCAAAUCAGAAGAAAGGACCAAGAUCAGCGGUAAAGGGAAGAAGAACCCGAUGUACGGAGACAGCCUCCCGCCCCCGCCUCCCAGACCGCCGACGUCCGAGGUGGAGAAGCAGCUGCAACCGGUGCCCACCCUGCAGUCCGCCAUCGAGCAGAAGGUGAUGAAAGGCAUCGAGGAGAACGUGCUGAAGCUGCAGGAGCAGGAUAGAGGAGGGCAGGGUGGUGAGGUCAAGCAGAAGGCCUCCAACGGCAUCGCGAGCUGGUUCGGCCUGAAGAAAAGCAAACUGCCAGCGCUGAGCCGCAAGACCGACGCCACCAAGGCGAAGGACGAGAAGAAGGAGUGGAAGAUCAACAUCCCGUCGGUGGGCAGGGACUCGGUGAAGAUGGCCAGCAGGUGUAAAGAAGGCGUGGAGGGUCUGAACAUCUCAACUCUGAUGGAGAAGGCUGAAGGUUUGAGGAGGGCGCUGGAGGAGGAGAGGGCCUACGUGGAGAGGUCGGGCAGGGGUCACUCGUGCGAGGUGGUGAUGGACCAAGCUCAGGGACAGCUGGCGGUCAUGUACAGGGGAGCACGAUCCGACAACUUCAUGCAGCAGCUGCUAAACAGAGUGGACGGGAAGGACGUGAUCAGCGUCCCUCAGCGCCGACUCUCUUUCGACUGCAAGACGUCCAAACCGAUGUUCAGUCAGCAGAGCGACGUCAUCGGCCACGACGACAUGGAGAAGGGAUCAGAUAGAAUCGGAAAGAUCACAUCAGAUGAGAACCUCGCAGAUUCGGUUCACUCUCAGCACUUUGCAGGUUCUGGUGCUUCCACGUACACUCUGGACAGCGGCAUCGGUACGUUCCCACUGCCUGACUGCAGCAGCGGUGCAGCCGGUCGGGGUUUGUCCAAGACGAGGGCCGGCGCCGAGCAUCACUCCACCGGGUCGCCUGGACGAGCCGGACGUCGGGCUCGGACCCUGGACCGAGAGCCGACGUCCCAGACCGAGUGCUACGUCCCUCACAAGCAGCUGAUUCCCACCAUCCAGUACGGCUCGGUGCUGGAGGGACGAAGCUCCGCCGGCGUCAUCCGAGAAGAUAAAGAGGCCCACGGAGCAAACAUGUUCUCUCCUCGCUCCAAAACUUGGACUUUCCCCAACCUGAAGACUCCAGCCGGCCCUGCAGAGGUUUACCUGGCGGUGGAGGAGGAGGAGGAGGAGGCCGUGUCCUUUGGAUCUCCAUUCAGAGGGGGCAUGAAGGCCGGCGCUCCGUCCUCCAGCCGGGUGGUGGACCCCGGCAGCCUGCCCGUCCCCGCCCAGUCGGGGAUGAGCCGCCGGGGGAAGACGAGGACUCCCAGCGUCCCCGAGAUGAGCCGGGAGGCCGGACUGGAGCUGCUCAGGGAGCGCCCGGAGGAAGCCCUGUCCCCGAGUCGCCCUCAGGUCCUGGAGACGCCCGAGUCUCUGAGCGACUCCCUGUACGACAGUUUGUCCUCCUGCGGCAGCCAAGGAUGAAUGACGGAGGAUGGAGGAUGAGUUCCGACGCCUCCUCCUGGAUCUACUGUGACGCUGCUGCUGAGGAAAACAAACUGGUGACGCCGCAUCAGCUGCUGCGACUGGAAAGAUGGAUUGCUCUCCUCAGGAUUUCCACCGAACAUGAAGCCAAAAGCCACCCAAAUAAUAUAGGUUGUUCACUUUUCCUCCCACAACCAGACUGUGGACACUCGAUGUAUACAGGACUUACAAAAACGCAUGGCCAAGCUAACGAUCAGCACAAGUUGUCGACCUGUUUUUUGUUUUUUUCUCAUCCUGGUAGACGGAUUUCUGUGUGGAGGAGGCGGCGAUCAGUCCGAUAGUACUGUACUGUAUCGAUACAUCCAUUAAUUUCACCACAUAAUGUAUUAGGGAAAAUAAAGAAAAUGACAAAAAAAAAAAACAUGGAGCGCCUAAAAAAAGGAAAAAAAAACGAAUGUUCAUGUCUGUGAUUCUUAAUUGCUAAACUCAUGCAUUUUAAAUGUACAAACGAUUUUAUUGAUCAUGUUGAUAUUUUUUUUUGUUUGUUUUGCGGCCAAGGAAGGUUGUCAGAAAAUGUCUGUUUUUAAAUCAUAAUACAUUUAAAGGUAAUAUAUACCAGCAAUAAUAACAUAGAAAAGAGAAAUGGCAACACUAUUCAAUGAAUAAGUAUUUCUAUUAUUUAUUUAUUUUAAAUGUCCAUCAUUUGCGGUCAUCUUUUUUUUUUGUUUUGUAAUCUUUCUGUGAAAAUUGCAGUCUCCUCGCUUAGUAGAGUUAUGUUCAUAUCUUGUGUUUCAACAUCUCUAUUGCUGUUUGUUCCCUAGCAAAUAGAGGUCCUAUGUACCUACUGCCGUUUUUCAGACUUUCUAAUUAAAAUGUUUUGAUUUA